AUGUCAAAGCGGGCUUACUUGAUGAAGUACCUCAUGUUGACAACCCUGAAGUACCAGAGGGAUCAGCUGCACCUGGCCAAACAAACGCUCACAAGGAGGAUACCCCUGAUGAUCCUUCUGAGGGAAAUGAAGAUAGUUUUUGCUGGUGACCAGUUGACCAGAGUUAGAUUCGCUGGUGCUAAAGAUUUGCUCUCAGGCUCCCACACUCCAUCAGAUCGUUUUGAGCAUUGUUCCCCAUUCAAGCCAGUCGUGUGGCACACAAAAGCAUCAUUGCUACAGUACUCAUAUUCAUUCCUGUACAAGGCAGAAUCGGUCAACCAAAUUGGAACUCUAAAAUACUUUACAGAAAAAUUUAAUCGCCGGAAUGCCAUCCCAGCAAAAGUACUGGAUUCAUUUGAAGGAAGUGAGGAACUAUUUCUAAGUGUUGGUCGAGCUUACACUGUCACUGCAGUCUUGAGGAUGUUCCCUCCCACAACAAGUUCCCUUCAAACAUUUCCCAUCAAACAGAGCAAGACAAGAGAAGAUAUUUUGACAGUGUUUUUGAAAAAUUCAUUGAUGAGUAUCUUUUGCAAAAAAAUGCCACUACAAAUGGGGAAGAGGAGGAUUAUGUCUCAAAUUAUGCCCUGUGCUACAUCUUCCUAA